AAUCUCUAAUAUUAUUCCUUUUCACAUCAAAAUGAUCCUUCUUCUCACCUUCCCUAAUAUUUCCAUAUAAAUACAAUUCAUGUAACUUUUCACAUAAUCAUUUUGCUAUUAACCAAAAACACAACAACCUUAGAAUUACUAUGGAAGUGAUGAUUCAAAGUUCAAAGAUGGAGACAUUUAAUUUUAGUAAUGGAACAAUGAGUUCACCAUAUCUAAGUCCACCUUCAUCACCAAAACGUUUUGGUGAAUAUUACUUAAGUGCCCCUUCAAGUCCUUCUAGGCUUUCUGAAUUAUAUAGUCAAAUUGAUUAUUUGUCCAUAAUGGAUCAAACAUCGUCAACCAGCAAAAAAAACAACAACGUUGUUGUUGAUGAUGAUGAUGUUUAUGAUCAUGAUGAUGAAGGUGGUGGUUUUGCUUUCUUUGUUAAUCACGAUGAAUCGAAGAAUAUGUCAACUCGUUCAGCUGAAGAACUUUUUCAUGGUGGCAAAAUUAAACCUUUUGAAGAAACUAAGGUUGUCGUUGAACCUAGGAAGCAACAAAACAACGUAGGAGUUGGUUUUGAUGAUGAAAGAAGAGGAAGAGAAAGAGAAAGAACAAAAGGAACAGAUUCAUCGUUGAAUAAUUCUGGUAGAAGAGUAACAAGAUCACACUCUCCUUAUAGAAAAUCAAACUACACAUUUGAGUUAGAAGAACAGAAUUUCCAACAAAAACAACAACCUCGUAUGAUCAAAGAGGAAUCGAAAUCAUCGAGUUCGAAGGGUUCGAGGAGAUGGAAACUGAGUGAUUUGUUGUUGUUUCGAAGUGCUUCGGAAGGGAGAGGAUCAAACAAGGAUCCAUUGAAGAAACAUUUUGUUGGGUAUAAGAAGAAUAAUAACAAUAUUGAAGAAGUUAAAGGUUCGAGUUUUAGAUCUAGUGAAUCAUUUUCGAAUAAUGGGUUGAGAAAAAAAGGACAAGUUUCAGCUCAUGAAAUGCACUAUGCUAUGAAGAAAGCUGAGUCGCAAGAUAUGAAGAAACGAACUUUCUUGCCUUAUAGACAAGGGAUUUUGGGAAGGUUGUCUGGAUUUGGACUCUAGAUGGAAAUUCUUAAGUGUUGAUUAUAUUGUUCUUGAAUUUUCUCAGUUUUUGUUCAUGUUAAAAAGUUGUAUUCUUUGGUUAAAUUUUGUAAUAUGUGCCUCAAAAGAGGUUUCAUUAAGAUGUGUAAAAAGAAUCAGUUAUAUGUUA